UCACUCCAGAGUGCAUUGGUGAGGAGAGAGGAGAGCAGAGCGUGCAUUACCGGGCAUGCGGAGCGAGAAUGAUAUACGGUCUGGAGGCUCCUUGCAGUUCCCUCAAAGAUCCCCAGCCUUACAGACAAACCACACUGAUUCCUUUGAAUGUCGACAAUAUCCAUCAUCCUAAAUCUGUACAAGACAACUGGCUUUCUUCUCUUUUCUGGUGUGUGAAUAAUCAGGAGAAAUGAGAGUUCACUUCUCCACCAGUUGGAUAUUUCAAGGCUGGAUCAUCCAUCUGGUUCUCACUCUGUGCGCACAGAGAGCCCUGUCUAGACCCACCUGUUCCCAGCAGCAGUACCUCAAAGAAAAGAGAUGCUGCAGCAGUUGUGAACCAGGGUUCUAUGUGUUUGCAGAGUGUGCUGGAUACUCUGACACAAAGUGUCGUCCGUGUGGCAGUGAUGAGUACCAGCCUGACUGGACCAACGAGACCAAAUGUCUGCCUCAGAAGUUCUGUGACACAGCGACCAGACUGAUGCUGUCUGUGGACCCCCUCUCUCUGGUGCCUCUACCUCCUGGGUCCUACUGUGGGUUCUGUCAGUCAUCACUGUCCUCUGUCUCCUCAUCCUCCUGCUCUUCUGCUACAAGGAAAAACUUCGACUACUCUCAGUGAAUUUACGAUCAUGUGUCCAGAAUCUGAAAAGGACCAGGAUACAGCAGGAGACUCUGGCCCCUCUCUACCACAGUGGGGUCGUGGGAGGGGGACUAGAGGGUCAGAGCGGCACUCUACGUGAGACAACCUGUCUUAUUGGCCUGGCUCACAGCCCCUCAGAAACCCCACACACCUGUCCUACAGCUACACCUGGUGACCAAGUCAAACUGCCACCCACCAAAGAGAUGGAGGAGGAGAGGAAGGAGAAGGAGGAGAGGAGGGAGGAGGAGGAUGAGGGGGUGGGGAGUGAGGGGUCAGGGGAGGCGGAGGAGGUUUCUGAGGAGGCUGUGUGCGAGGAGGGUGUGUGUGUGUCUCCACUGUGGGCUGGCUCCUGUGUGUGUGUGUUGUCUGUCAAGGAACCAUUAGAGGUAGGGGAUAAUGAAGACUGUAGCCAGGCUGUCAACCCUGGAACCCUCGGGACCUGCUCCUGUGGAGGAGAGGGGGAGAGCAAGGGGGGAGAAAAGGAUGAAAGGAAAGAUGGAGGGAGGGAGAGGGCCAAGGUGGUAGAGGGCCUGCAAGUGAAAAGCUCUGAGAGGAGCAGCCAUACCUCCUCCCCACUCUCCCCUGCUGACCAUUCAUGUGACCUCUACCCGCCGCUGACCCAAGUCAGGUCAGAGGUCAAAGGUCAGCUUAUUGACAGCUCACAGGGGAAAGGGGAGGAGCUAUACAGACUGAACUGCAGCAUAAGCUCCACCCCCACCAYAAAAGCCCCGUUGACCUCCACAAUAUCUCCUUACCCCUCGGUGACCUCUGUAACUGUGGGUGACCGGCAGUCCGAGCUGACCUCUGAGGCCUCCAGCAGUGAGCAAAACCAGGGACUUUCUUGGAGGAACAGUGGGGGAAACAAGCUCUCGUCUGGGGGCUCGGAACUGGAUUGUGCCCCUGAGAGCCUCCAGAGUCAACUCACGGAACCAGCACUCACCUCAGGUCAGGUGACGGGGAACAACAAUACCACCUUCAUCUCUAGCGGUCAGGUGAUGAACUUCAACGCUGACGUCAUCGUCGUCUACGUCAGCCAGACAUCUCUAGGCAACGAGGGGGAGGGGCCAGACGAUGCGUUCGGAAGCCCCGUCCAGGAACAGGCCAAUGAGAGAGCUCCGAUGUUCCAGAGUUCCAUCUCCUCCAAAAGUGUCAGCCAUUCGUCAGUGGCGUCCUCAGUAAACUCCAUUACCCAUAACCCCCUACUGCAGGAGGACAACCUGCCGGUUCAGGAAGUGACUGAUCAGUGGCCGAGGGAGAAUUGAAACGUGAACAUUGUGGAUAGUGUACCAUUAAACCACGAGAGGAGCGAAGCCAGUCCAAAGCCUACUGCUACGACCUACUCCAAACAAUAGUCCAUGUUCUUCCUGGGUUAGUGUUAAGUAUUGGAACUGGGCCAUAGACUUGGAACCUGGAGGACUGUGAUCCUCAUCUGGCCCUUGUAGUUGUUUCUCAAUAGUCUCACGUAGAGCUUUAGCGGUAAUGAAAUUGUUUCAGCCGGUGAAUGUCAAGCAAAUAACUGCCUGUCUCACAGUAAUUGACUGUUAAUUAACAUAAACACAUUUAGCAUCUCCUGGCUUCCACUUCCUACAAGCCACUGAUGCAGACCUUUAAAAAUGGAAUAAAUCCAUGUAAUAUAGCCUAAACCAUCACAGUAAAUCCAUUAUUUCUUUUGAGUGGUCUAAAGAAACAUGAUAUGAAGAAAAUGUAGUCUAAUUCCUUAUGUUAGGUCCUGAUCUGGCUAUGCCAAAUGUC